CCACCCAGUGCAGUUCCUCUGAACGUCGUCCUACACAGUCUAUAAAGAGAAGAUAGGUCCAUACUUGGAAACCUAUUCACUCGCCAGAUCUGUGAAUCUGUGUGGGGUUGAGCCGUGCUCGUAGUGGUGCUCCCCGCGCAGCAAACAGCGGCGGCAGCAGCAGCGAGAGGGGUCCACUGCCGGGCAGCAGGCCACGGCAGAAACAUCCACAGUGCUGUAGACUUAGAGUCCAUGCUGCCCGCCCUCAGCCCGUGCUGACCAGCGCGGCGAGGUAUGGCCAAAUACCCCCCUACACGACCCACAUGUGGGGCAGAGGCGCGCCCCAUUCAACAGUGGGUUGGGGUCGGCGGCGUUGCAGAAUGUGCGGUCCGUACGAGGCUUGCUGACCGGGAAAUAAAACAACAUCCCUCGCUAAUUACUCUUCUUUAUCCCGCGCUAAUAUUGUGGCCUUAAGAUGGAAAUUACAGCGUGCGACGUUUCGGGCCAUGAGCCUUCAAAGUGGGCCUGAGGCAUACGCCGAUUCUCGACGACUACACCAUCGUGUGGAACCAGAAACUCGGCUCGGGGAUCAGCGGCCCCGUCAGGCCAUGCGUCAAGAAGGCGACCGGGGAGAGAUUCGCACUCAAGAUUCUGCCGGACCGGCCCAAGGCCCGCAAUGAGAUAAAGCUGCACCUGCAGUGCUGUGGCCAUCCCAACGUGGUCAAGGUCCACGAGGUGUUCGCCAACUCCAUGCAGCUACCACACGAGGCCACGCCCAGGGCACGGCUUCUGCUGGUGAUGGAGAUGAUGGAGGGUGGGGAGUUAUUCAACAGGAUCAGCCAGUGCCGCCACUUUACUGAAAAGCAGGCCAGCAAGGUGACGCAGCAGAUCUCUCGGGCACUGCAGCACUGCCACUCUCUGAACAUCGCGCACCGUGACCUCAAACCAGAAAACCUCCUCUUCAAAGAUAACUCCCUGGAUGCGCCGCUAAAGCUGUGCGACUUCGGCUUUGCCAAGGUGGACCAGGGCGACCUCAUGACCCCGCAGUUCACACCCUACUACGUGGCCCCGCAGGUACUGGAAGCACAGAAGCAGCAUCGCAAAGAGAAGUCUGGGGUCAUCUCCCCAAACGCCACCCCCUACACCUACAACAAGAGCUGUGACCUGUGGUCUCUGGGCGUCAUCAUCUACGUGAUGCUCUGUGGGUAUCCGCCGUUCCAUUCGGAGCAGCGUGGGCGGGCCAUGCCGCGCGACAUGCGGCGCAAGAUCAUGCAGGGGAAGUUCCACUUCCCAGAGGAGGGAUGGAGCCAGAUCUCCGAGCCAGCCAAGGACGUCGUGCGCUGCCUGCUGAAGGUGAAGGCGGAGGAGAGGCUGAGUGUGGAGGGCGUGCUCGCCCACCGCUGGCUCACGUCCACCGAGGCGAUGGACAACGUGCUGCCCUCCCUCCACCUCCUCAUGGACAAGGUGGCGAUGGCCGAGCUGCAGCAGGCGCACGCAGACGCGCUGGCCAGCAUGCGCAUGCCCGAGCUCAGCGUCUCGCUCAAGCCGCUCACCUGCGUCAACAACCCUAUCCUGCGCAAGCGCAAGCUACUCCGGACCCAGCUGUGUGAGGGCAGCGCUGGGGGAGCAGAGUGCCCCCAGGGCAAGGAGGAUAGUUGCAGCUGCCCCGAAGGCCCCUCUUCAGGGGCCCCAUUCCCAGAGGACCCCUCCACAGUGGCCCCGUGCCCCCCUGAUGCGGACCGUGGGGCCAGCUGCCCCGGGGGGGUGGAGGACGUGGCGGUGGAGAAACUGAGGGAUGUCAUCGCGCAAUGCAUCCUCCCGCAAGGAGAUGAGGAUGAGGGCGGUGACGAAGGCGUCGUCCGCGCACUGCACGAUGCCUGGAGCUACAACCGAGACUGUCGCCUCCUGCGAGAUGCGUUGCACGAGGCUAGCUGGAAUGGGAUGCGCUUCACGGAAAAAGUCGACCGCUUACAUCUCGCCGAGCUCCUCAAGCAGGGCAGCUUGGCGGAUUGGAACGGUGAAGCUCUGCAACAAGCGAGGAACGCGCUACCACGAUACCACGAGGCCGCAUCACCACCCCGCCCAUGCCAGUGGUCUGGGCGGCUGCGCUCGCACCCGCGUGGCCAUGUCACUGAAGGAGGCCCCGGCGCGCACCGCCAGCUGUCCGAGACGGAACACGGGGCAGAGCGGAGACCGCUCGGGAUGGAACUCGCACGACUUGAGGACACCAGGCGUGCACCUCACACACACGCGCCGUGCCGUUCGUGGGCACGCACCGUCCGGUGCACACCCCUACCCGGGAGGAGGAGGAGGAGGGGGAGGAGAUGGUGAGCAUCAUGAGUGUGGGUGAGGUGCGAUUGGCAGUGAGGGGAGUGCCGUGGUGGACGGUAGAGGAUGCGUGCGCGGGCAGCCCCGACUGCUCCCCUCACCGUUGCCGGUGUUGAAGGUCCUCCCCGCCGGGCAGUCCCCGUCCUCUUGGCAUCGUGCACCGGGCACGUUGGGGUUCUGCGCGGAGAUGCGAGCGUGAGGCCCUGAGCUCAGGCCUCGAGCCAUAGCCCAUAGGGGCCAUAGGGGCUACACGCCCAGUGCUGCCAACCCGGCUGUUUUGCCCUGAGAUUCGCCGACUCUUUGCAACUCUUGGCAACGUUUAUUCUCGUGAAAGCGACCAGCGACAAAUUUAGCGACUUUCACAACCUCCCCAACACUCGCCCAGGAAAGCCUCUCCGAGUCUCGAGACUCUUUUUUAGGAGGGUCCUGCCAAGUGUUCACAGUAGGGGGCGAUGUUGCUGCUAUCUGAUCCCAAUUCGUAAGGUGCCCGGUCAGGAGUUGAACCCAUGUGCUUCUUACUUUGAGGUGUGACUUUUACCACUGUGCUGCUCUGCUGCCCAGAUUGCUGAAGAUGCUGGGGAGUCGGAAGCAGUUACGCUGAUCCUGGAGGUUGCUAUGAUGAGUAGGCAGCAGCUGCCCACUCUUUUAAUUGAGGAAAGAAUUGUUUCUAGAGGUGGCCAAGAGCCUAAAGCCGCCAGAUUAGCGCGGAAGAGCACCUACACCACACAAGGCGAGUGAACUGGGUGAGGACACAGUGCAGAUCUCGGAGCGAUUCUGGUGAUUAAGGAUCCUGUAUCAAUCUAAAGCUGAAGACAUCGUGGCCACAGCUGAUGAUGCCCCGACGCGUCGCUAUCAAAGCUCUCGACCCUCCGCCAGCCACCGUACACGCGACCUCCAAAAUAUGCCUCGACGGUCUCCCUCCACCUUCCCCUUGGCGACCAGACUCGUGGGGACCACCUCAAUACCUCUCUUGUCAGCAAUCGCGCUCCCCCAUCCUGCACCAGCGUCCCACCGAGUACAGCCGCUUUUCCUAAUCACCAUCUCCAACACUCGCCUGCCACGUUAAUUUCCAUUCUUCUGUAUUGCUUAUCCUGUCCUAUAUAGAUUUAAUAUGUAACACUUCGUAAAUUGUUUAGAGAAAUUAUGCCAGGCACGUGAACAACACCGCAAUCAAGCCCUGGACAGGUGGCAACCCUCAUGUAUAUUCCUGCUGCGCAUUUGUGGCCGGUAUGGUGAGGCUGAAGGUGAGGGGUGACCGAGGCUCACCUCAGCGCACAGACCCUGGCGCUGCCGGGGCGUGCUCACCAGGUUGGUGACCACAAAGAAGCGGCUCUCUCCCUGCACAAAUGGACACACGCACACUCAUCGCACACGCAUCGUGUACAUUUCUGAGAAGCUCAACUGGCUCACGUGGUGAGCUGACAGCUCCUCCCCCUAUUAUCCCUGCCCACUCACAGCUUAGCCCACCCAUCCAUUAUCAAGUGUCAAGCUUGUUUUGUUUAACCAGUAGAGGACUCAAAGAGACCAGGACGAGUCUAUUUGGCAAGAGUGAUCAGAGUCUUGAGCACGAGGGCAGAAAAUAUUCAGUCAAAGUGGAAAUGAUUUCCUGCUCAAAUGAUUAUUGAGACAUUGAUGAUCAUCUAUGUACAGCCUAACCGAGUGGAGAUUUUGGUUUCUUCUGGUAGGUGGGGGUGAAUCUCCGUAGGAGAGCCACUUCCCCACAAAGCGGUGCUCUAAAUCUUACACCAUGUCGAUGUCCCAAUUCCCACCAAUGCGUCAUGAGGGGAACCCUAGGGGGUUGCUGAGUGAUAGGACGGGCAACUCCUAAUGGGAAGGUUGCGAGUUCAAAUCCUGGUUGGGGCUUGACUCGGCCCAUCAUCUCCCUGGAGUCAAUAACAUGACUACAACUUUGUGGACAAGUCACAGUGGUCGUCUAAUGGGUAAACUUGUCCCCACAAUAUAAAUGAGUAAUUUUCACUUCUAACUCAGGACUGUUCACGAUAAUUGAGCACCAAUGUCUCAAUGUUCACGUGAGUAGCAGAUGGCUAUGAAUCGUCUCACUAGGGACUCGCCCGGCCAAACCAAAACGUUGGGUAUCUUCAGAGUAACGCCUUCAUGGAGCAGGCUGCACUAGGAACGGUGUGGUCUGGGCCUCUCCACCACGUGGGCCUCACCUGCGGCGGGAUCACGUAGUCGGCCGUGUCCCAGAGCCGCUGGCCAGGCCCCUCCGUCGAGUUGGUGAGCGCGACCCCCUUGACCUUUGUGAUGACCGAGGUCUCGGGGUCAGGGUCUGUCUCCUGGUAGCCUUUCUUUACGACGAACACCCACCUGUGAGUGCGUAGCCAUCGCACGGCAGUCACUCGCUCGUUAGUCGAGUUUGUUCAUUUUGUUUAGCCAGGUGAGAACUCGAGAGACACGGACAGUCUAAUUUGCAAGAGUCACCGGGGUCACCAAAGUGACAAAUGCAACAAUGUAACAACAAGUAAGCAACGCAUCAAAUAAAACUGAUAAGUUGAAACAAACAGAAAUCAGAACAAAAUCAACCGCAUUACAGGAGAAUCAAAAAGAGCACAAUCAUACACAAUAAUACAGGGUUUUGAAAAAGAUGGGCCCAAUUUCAAAGCAGUAUAUUUCACGAUGGCAACAUGUUACAAUUACACAAAGUUACAAACGGUUAAAUGAGUUAUCAAGUUUUACUAACCAUUUUAUAAAUGUUCUAUGUGCCCUCCACCUGCUGUACGGACAACAUCGAGACGAUAUUUGAAUUGGUCCCAAACGCCUCUCUUACGUUUUCCUCUGAGGUGCAUGGUCACCCUGUGCUCUUCCCCUUACAUAAACAGCCUGUUUCCUCAAAUUAUCGGUACCAACGACGAAUGCUCUUUGACAUUGGCGGAUCAAUGCCAAAACGCCGUUGAAACGCACGCUGCACCGCAAUUACGGAUUCAGUCUUGCUGAACUGCAGAACGCAAAACGCCCCUUGUGUUGCGCGGUCGCCGUCUUGCGAAUGACUGAGGCUGGGGGCUGUUUGUGCGCUGGGAGAGGCAUCUCGCGGUCAUCAUUUUAAACUCUAUGCCCCGCCCCUCUCUAUGCCCCGCCCUUUCAAGUGAUAAGAGUUUCAUUCAUGGGCGGUUCAUGGUUGCAGAGAUAUAGCGAUUUCAAAUCAAGUCCAUCUUUUUGAAACACCCUGUACAGUAUAUUAAAUCAAAUACAUUCCCGGAACAAAAGUUUGCUCGAUGAAUGUUUAAAAUGUAUCGUAGUCGAGUUGUAAAGGCGCACGUGAGGUGCGGUGAUCCACUCACGCGGCUGCUCGGCCAGAACCAUUUAGUCCACCGGUCAAUUUCCAUUUUGUCUUUCAAUCUCGCCUGUAUUUGCCAUCAUCUUGUUCAUACAGAUCGGUUAGCUUCAUUCACCCAGGUUUAACAUGAGAAAGUAAUUUGCCUAAAACCAGGGAUUAAUCUCACUGAAUAUUGCCCAGGUCGCUGGUUCACUCGAGUAGGUGGGACGUGGCUUUGACGUAGUUACGCCCAGGGCGAGAGGUGUACUAUACUCGACGUGGUGUGCCGGUUACGGAUAUAUCUUUACUGGGUUACGGAGUCGGGCAGAUUCAGCUGAAAUGAAGCCCUGCCUAAAAGGUGAACCAUGCAUUCACACUUGUGCACCGGCAAUUGUGUCGGUGUAGAAAACUGUGCCACGUGCUGAUGCAGCCGUGACGUAGAGUGGACCAGUCAGUGGGGAGAGCUCUGCAGGAUCUGGCACGGUUAACACAAUCAUGUGGCAUGCUUCUCAAAAUAUCCGCGUAUCGUUACGCGGCUCUGAGGACAGGCGCAAUGAAAAGCGAGGUUAUCAACCCCGCAGCGAGUUCUGCGCUAUGAUUUGUGACGACGCAGAGGGGGUGACGAUGUGAAGCCGCUCAUCUCACGCUGGUGGAAAAGUCGGUACUCGCACUUGCAUGAUCAUGGUGAGUCUAAUCCCCCUGUAGGCACCACACAUGCCAGCCCCAGUGUCAGUAUGUGGUAGAGUUCAAACAAUAUUCACAAACAAAAUCCGGACAAAUCUCUCAAGUCAACCUGGGUGUAACAUACCUGUGUAAGGUCUUUUAAUAAAUUCCACGUAGAACGAGCACCAUAUCUCAGUACUAAUCGCUUCCGCCCGAACACAGCUACCAGUUCCCGGACUGUCUGGGUCUAACCCAAUUCCUGAUGCCCCCACACACCGGGGGGGUCGCCAGCAACCCCGGCAGGUGACGACCCCGAUGUGUGGGCAGGAAUUAUGCAAACAAGGCGCGUGGCCCCUUUCUCCUUGGGGGGACACGGUGAGUCCGUCCGGGUGCCAACCUCGAUUUGCUGAAACUCGCACCCCCCAUGUCCUACUCGGAUAUUCCGCCCACGAUGCGGUACUCCUGC